AUGCGUAGCCGUAGUAAUUCCGGUGUUCGUUUGGAUUACUACCAGCGAAUCGUACACAAAAUUAUAAUGAAACACCAGAACGCAGUGACCGGGUUGUUCCCUGCCAGUCCUGAGAAUAAUCAUGCAUGGGUACGGGACAACAUCUAUUGCAUCCUCGCUGUCUGGGGCCUGUCGAUGGCAUACAAAAAGAUCGCCGAUGCUGACGAGGAUAGAGCCAAAACAUACGAACUCGAACAGAGCUGCGUUAAAUUGAUGAGGGGCUUGCUCAUGGCAAUGAUGCAGCAGAAGGAUAAAGUAGAACGCUUCAAAUCGAGCCAGAAUCCUGACGACGCUCUGCAUGCAAAGUACAGCUCUGUUACUGGGCAGACGGUCGUGGGAGACACAGAAUGGGGACAUCUUCAAAUAGAUGCUAUCGCUCUUUAUUUAUUAAUUUUAGCACAAAUGACUGCGUCUGGUCUGCAGAUCGUAUUCAAUUUGGACGAAGUUGCGUUCAUUCAAAAUUUAGUAUUUUACAUCGAGUCAGCUUAUUGCACUCCCGAUUAUGGUAUUUGGGAAAGAGGCGAUAAAACGAACCAUGGGUUACCCGAAUUAAAUGCUAGCAGUAUUGGAAUGGCAAAGGCUGCGAUGGAAGCGAUGAAUGAAUUAGAUUUGUUUGGCGCGAGAGGCGGACCUACUUCUGUGAUUCACGUGUUAGCGGAUGAAGCGCAGAAAUGUCAAGCUGUUUUGCAGUCUAUGUUACCCCGUGAAUCCAAUUCAAAGGAGUUAGAUAGCGGAUUGCUGUCUGUUAUAAGUUUCCCAGCUUUUGCCGUGGAUGAGCCUAAUUUAAUCCAGUUAACAAGAGACGCGAUUACUAAGAAGCUACAGGGUCGUUAUGGAUGCAAGCGAUUUCUGAGAGAUGGAUACAAAACGCCGAAAGAAGAUCCCAACAGGCUUUAUUACGAACCAUGGGAAUUACGUAUGUUCGAAAAUAUAGAGUGUGAAUGGCCUUUGUUCUUUUGCUACUUAAUUGUCGAUUAUUGUUUCCAAGGCAAUAAAGAGGCUGUAGUAGAGUAUUCGAAACUAUUAGAAGAUAUAAUGAUCAAAGCAGAAGAUGGAACGAGAUUAGUACCUGAAUUAUAUUCUGUAGAGACUGCGAAUGUGUCAGCGGAGUAUGCUGAGCCGGGUAGCCAAAAGCGAAUCGCCUUAGGAAGAUGUCCAUUUAUGUGGGCUCAGUCUGUUUACAUAUUAGGCAAACUGUUGCAAGAAGGUUUCCUCGCAGUGGGAGAAUUGGACCCAUUGAACAGGCGUUUAUGUAGCGAAAAGAAGCCAGACGUCGUGGUGCAAGUUGUUAUUUUAGCAGAGGAUGCUGAAAUUCGAGAGAAAAUAGCUCAACAUGACAUCCACGUCCAAACGAUUGCCGAGGUCGCUCCGAUCGAAGUGCAACCAGCGAAAGUUCUUAGUCACUUAUACACGUAUUUAGGUCAAAAUAAGAAAUUGGGAAUGUCCGGACGUAAGUCGAGGGACGUAGGAAUCUUGAGCACCAGUAAAUUAUACGCCUUGAACGAUAAGAUAUUCGCGUUCACUCCCCAGUUGACAGACAUGACCCGCUUCUACAUCGCAUCGGACUAUGAGCUCAUGAUUGACAUAUUCAAAGGCGAAAUUAAUUUCUUGAAGUCUAGCUGGCAGAACAUGUUAGGCCGGCCUCUCGUGGUCAUGCCCCUCAAGAACAUUCAUCUAGAUCAAGGGAAGAUACCUCUGGCGAUGAUAACUACUAUGAAGAAAUUGAAGAGUGGCUAUAUCAAUGGGACGAGAGUGUCGUUAGGAAACUUAAGUGAAUUUCUAAGCACUUCGUGCAUCACGAAUUUGAGCUUCUUAGGAAGUUCCGAGGACGGUAGACCCGACAAGUUGAACCCACAGGUUCAACAAUAUUUAGAAGAACACUUAAUGCGUGCAUUGCCGCAUCGCACAGGCCUCCUCAACAGACCGAUAAUACGAACUAGUAAAUAUUUGAAACGCAGAAUGUCCGUGAAAGGCGCUAUAAAGAAAACAAGGUCGAUCGCCGUAGAACAUCGAACUCCGUCGCCUACGGAUGAAUUAAUGUCUUGGACGAAUUCUCCGAAGCUGCAUAGGCACAGGGGUGUGAGCGAGACUCAGUACGCGGAUACGGAAGUCGAGGAAUUGUUAUCUAUGCUUCGCGAAACCGAAAGUUUAGAGGAACAAGGAGAUAUCUUGCAAUACCUCGUCGAUUCGCAAGGAUUAUACUUUAACACUGACAUGGUCGAAGAUGGUCACCCGAUCCUGAUAAAAGAUUUAUUAAAAGACCUGUACGAAAAAGCUUGCCAGCAAAAGAUGUGGGGUAUCGUGCGUCACACCGCCGGCAUGUUAGGGAAGCGAGCCGAGGACUUGGCCAAAGCGGUUACCGAUCUGUUGGUUCGUCAGAAACAAGUCACAGUCGGGAUGCCACCGGCCAACGAGCAUACUAUCGUUGCGCCUUUGCCGGAAAAUGAACUCCGAUCUUUGAUUCAUCAAGCAUACGGAGACGACGAGUCCACUGCUAUGCUGACGCAGGAACUGCUCGUUUAUUUGGCGAUGUUUAUCAGGACGGAACCCCAAUUGUUCCAUGAGAUGCUCAGACUCAGGGUAGGUUUGAUCAUUCAAGUAAUGGCCACGGAAUUGUCAAGAACGCUGAUAUGUACCGGAGAGGAGGCGUCCGAACAUUUGCUUAAUUUAUCACCGUUCGAGAUGAAGAAUCUUUUACAUCAUAUCAUGAGCGGGAAAGAGUUCGCUAUUAGUAGCGUUGGCCGAGGAAACUUUUCGGUUAUUAGUUGCAAAUCUAGUAGAGUCAGCAAGAAAUCUCAAAUUGGAGGUUUCUUAAGUGCUGAUCAAGUUGAUAACAGUGACGGAGAACCAGAUCGUCAGGGUCAGUGGUUACGACGGCGAAGAUUGGACGGAGCAUUGAACAGAGUGCCACGAGAUUUCUAUCCUCGAGUAUGGCAGGUACUUGAACGAUGUCAAGGUUUGGCGAUCGAAGGUAGAGUUCUUCCUCAAAACCUUACCCAAGAAAUGACCUCCGGGGAAUUAAAAUUUGCCCUGGCUGUUGAAACUGUUUUAAAUGCUAUACCACAGCCAGAAUAUCGUCAAUUGGUGGUUGAAGCACUGAUGGUAUUAACUUUAGUAACCGAAUACAACGUGGCUGCUAGCCUGGGCGGACUCAUUACCGUUGAACAACUUGUUCACAAGGCUAACGCUAUCUUUUUAGAGGAUCAGAUGAAAAUUGAUGGCGACGCUACAUUGUGUUGUGCCAAGCCGAAGGAACACCGCGAGACAACAGCGAUGGGAAAUCUCCUUUGCGGUGGAGCAGCUUACGUUUGUCAGCACUUUUAUGACAGUGCGCCGAGCGGUAGUUUUGGGACGAUGACUUACAUCACAAGAGCAGUAGCUUCGACUUUAAAUUGUUUACCGAAGGAUGGCGAUUUGGAGUGUACAAUAUCGUAGUUCUUCGUUUUUUAUGAAUAGUCAAUUUUAGUUAAUAUGUACAAGUAUUGUCAAAUGGUGAAAGUUAAAGGAUGUAAGAAAAUUCUAGUUUUCUAUGCCGAAAUUAUCUUUCUUUGUAAUGUAUUAAGUACACAAAUCGACAUGAAAAUU